AUGGGUGCUGGAAACUCUAAGCCCGAGGCCUCGGCCGGCUCACAACAUGUCUUCUCUAGCAACUCUCCCGUCCAAUUCUCCUCCAACCUAGUCGACGCCCUCCAAUCGAACUCAGAGAGCGAUUCCACCCGCUCCAAAGCCCUGGAACUCGAGAUCCAGAACCGCGUCGCACAGGAACUCCAGCGCAUCCGCGCCCGCGAGCAGCAAACCCUCGCCGAGAUCGAGAAGCGCAUCGCCGAGUCCAAAGACACCACCACCUCCCUGCCCGUCACAGCAGCAACCGCGCCCCUCGCCCCCUCAGCCACGGGCUACCCAGCCGGCUCACUGAACCUGGACGCUCCCCGCAUCCCCUUCGCCGGGCGCCACCACGACCCCGUCCCUGCCAUCGCGAUGCCGGCCGAGUCCGCGUCUGCACCCGCCGCCCAGCCCGCUAAGCGUGAUGUUUCACGCGACUCGGUUGCUGCGGAGAUCGAGCAGCUGCGCAGUAAGCUUGAUGGACGGAGGAAGCUUACGGAGAUGGAUGAGAGCGUUAACAAGGCGCGGUCGGAUGUUGCUGCUUGUUUGCAGUUGAAUGAUCGGCGGCCGUUGAACUGCUGGGAGGAGGUCGAUGCUUUCAAGCGUGAAGUUGCGAAAUUGGAGGCAGCGUUUGUGGAUCGCAUUGUCGGUUGA